UCCCCUCCGCGGCUCCUCCCCUCCAGCGCGCCCUCCCCUCCGCGGCUCCUCCCCUUCGACGCGGCUCGCCGCCACGGCUCGUCCCCUCCGGCACGGCUCGCCGCCACGGCUCGUCCCCUCGGGCACGGCGGCCUUCAAUAGCUUGGACACGCUGGAAUCAUCGAUUGGUGGGCACCCGUCUCGUCUUUCCCCUUCCUCGCGUGAGCACCGGCCGGCAUCCAAAGAUGGAUCGAAGUUGGGUGCGUGGUAAAUUAUUUUCUCCAGAAUACAUGGAUGGUGUCAAACAAUUUAUGAGCUUUGUUAAAGGGAAAUUCAGUGACAAUGUUGAAAUUCUAUGCCCCUGCAGUAGAUGUCUUAAUCAGAAGUACCUAGCUCAGGCUCUUGUGAAGAAACACAUACUAAUGAAUGGCAUGGACAAUAGCUAUACUCGAUGGAUUCAUCACGGAGAGGAUUUAAAUGUGGAAGUUAUUGAGCAUGUUCCUGCUGGUAUUGUGCAUUGUAGUCAUAAUUGGUCCACAGAUGGAAUAGGUGUGACAGAGGAGGACAGCAAUGAUAUUGAUCCUUUGGAAGCAUUUUUAGGAGACCUACAUACUGCUGCAGCACAGGAAGAUAGAGAGGUUGGAGAAAAUGAGGAUGGUGAUACAGAAUCUUGUGAGCAAGAUACAUUUUUUAGAAUUGCCAUGAAAGAGGCAAAGUGUAUGCUCUAUCCCGGUUGUACCAAAUUUUCGAGGUUCUUGUUUGUGGUAAAGCUGCUUCAUAUGAAGUCACUAUACAGGAUAAGCAAUUCUGCUUUUACUGCAAUAUUGAAGCUAUUGGCUGAAGCAUUCCCAGAAUACAAUACCCUUCCAAAAUCAUAUAAUGAAGCAAAGAGCAUUUUAAAGGAAUUAGGUCUUGGGUAUGAAUCCAUACAUGUGUGCCAGAACAAUUGUGUGCUGUUCAGGAACGAAUUUGCCAAGUUUGACAAUUGCCCCAUUUGUAGUCUCUCUAGGUGGAAAGACCCAGAAAGGAAGAAGAUUCCAGUGAAAGUGUUGCGUCAUUUUCCAUUGGUACCGAGGCUGAAAAGGAUGUUUGCAACCAAAGAAGCAUCAGAACAAGCUCAAUGGCACAAGUUGAAGCGGCAACCCAGUGAGAAGGAAAUGAGCCACCCAGCUGAUGGUGAGGCAUGGCAGGAUUUUGACCGAGAAUAUCCAGAUUUUGCAGAUGAUGCAAGAAACCUUAGACUUGGCCUUGCUACUGAUGGUUUCAAUCCCUUUUCAGAGAAGAACACAAAAUACAGCAUGUGGCCUGUAUUUGUUGUGCCAUAUAACCUUCCUCCUUGGGCAUGCAUGCAGGAGUCAAAUUUCAUGAUGGCUCUGCUUAUUCCAGGUCCUACAUGCCCCGGGAAGGAUUUUGAUUUAUUUCUUGAGCCUCUUAUAGAUGAUUUACUUGAGCUUUGGAAUGGGGUCCGUACAUAUGAUGCUAUUACUCGGAAAACAUUUAAACUUCGUGCUGCAGUUUUGUGGUGCAUCCAUGAUUAUCCAGCUUUGAGCACUCUUUCUGGCCGUACCACAAAAGGAUAUUUUGCAUGUAUUCAUUGUGACAAGCACCCUCUGUCAUAUGGCCUUAGGAGCAAAAUUGGGUAUGUUGGGCAGUUCCACCAAACAACUGGCUCCUGUAGCUACCCAGUUUAUGUAGAAAAAAAAUUGAGAGAAGAUGAGUACAAGGAUAAAGAACUUGAUGCUGUUGAUUUGUUUAAGAUGUGCCACUACAGCAACAAAAAGAAAGGAUACACGCCCACUGUACAAUCUGCUAUUACUCAAAUGGAAAAUCAGUUGGCUGCACCAACAGAAGAUGGACAACCCAAGUCUGCAACCCAAGUUGUCAGUGCUGUGCUUCAUCAAAACACAAAAACCAAUCACUUCCUUCGGAAUGUGGGCAACCAGGUUGCAAAGCGAAGGACUACACUACAAAAUGUUCAAGCAGAAUUGGAGGUGGAGAAAAGAACCAAUUCUGAGCUUCAGUUGAUCGUCAAGAACCAGCGUGAAGAAAUGGAUGGUUUGAAAAAUCAAGUCCAGGGAACAGAACAAGCAAGGAUCAAAGACCAAGAGGAGAACCGGAAGAAGCAAGCUGAGUUGGAGAAGAAAAUAGAGCUGCUGCUAAGCCAAAAUGGACAAAGCUGAGCAUAUGGUGGUCUGAUCUGGUAGCUUUUGGGUGGCCUUCAUAUUUUGCGGAGUUAUCUUGAUGAAUACUAUAUUUUGUUGUUGCUGGUUAUUUGCCUUGGAAAACUGUAUGGCUUCAACUCUAGAUUCUGGACAAAUGGAACUAUCUUUUGCUGAGCAUGUGGAUUCUGGAAUGUUAUUAUUUUGCUGA